AUGGCUGGCGGCGGUAUUCCCAUCGCUACUACCACCAUCGCUGGUGGUUUCCUUACUGGAAAGAAGCUCAUCUUCCCCAUCGCCCUCAUCACCUCCCUGUUCUUCCUCUGGGGUUUCUCUUACGGACUUCUCGAUGUCUUGAACAAGCAUUUCCAGAAUGUCCUCGGCAUCACAAAGCUCGAAUCCACCGGUCUUCAAGUGAUGUAUUUUGGAGGAGGCUACCUCCUCUUCUCUCCCAUCGCCGCUGAGGUCCUGAAGCGUUUCGGUUACAAGAUCUGUAUUCUUAUGGGUCUUUCUCUCUACUCCAUCGGUGCUAUCAUGUUCUGGCCAACGGCCCACUUCUCGAGUGCGGCCAACGCCUCUGCCUCUUUCGGUGGUUUCUGCGCUUGCACUCUCGUCAUUGCCUGCGGUCUUGCUACCCUUGAGACUGCUGCCAACUCGUACGCCGUUGUCAUUGGUGACCCCAAGACUGCUUCUCCUCGUCUCCAGUUCUGCCAGGCCUGGAACGGUGUUGCUUCAUUCAUUGGUCCCCUCAUCGCUUCCAAGGCUUUCUUCUCCGGCAAGAACGCCAACAACCUUACCAACGUGCAGUUCGUCUACCUCGGUGUUGCCUGCCUUGGUGUUGCCGUCGCUAUCCUGUUCGUCUUCGCUAAGCUUCCUGAGGUUGCUGAGGAGGCCAGACGCAGCAACUCUCUCGUCGAGCCCGAGCACGACCUCGAGGGCCGUGAGAUUGGCCAGGGCAGCAUCUGGAAGGAGUACAACAUGCUCUGCGGUUUCAUUGCUCAGUUCUGCUACGUCGGUGCCCAAGUUACCAUCGGUGCCUUCUUCAUCAACUACGCUCACGACGAGGCUGGCUGGUCUGAGAGCCAGGCUUCCAACCUUCUCUCCUACGCUUUGAUCACCUUCACCGUCGGCCGCUUCAUCGCCACUGGUCUUGCCACCUUCUUGAGCUCCAGCUUCAUCAUGGUCAUGUACACCAUUGCCGCCAUCGCCCUGAACGCCUACGUCUGCGCCGGACAUGGCAAGGGAUCCAUUGGUGGUGUUAUGGCCAUCUACUUCUUCAUGGCACCCAUGUACCCCACUAUCUUCACCAUGGGAACUGCCAAUCUUGGUGUCCACACUCGUCGCGGUGCCGGUAUCCUCGUCAUGGGUGUCGCCGGUGGUGCCGUCUUCUCCCCUAUCCAGGGUGCCAUUGCCGAUGCCGCCAACGUCCGCAUCUCCUUCGUUGUUCCCCUCGUUGGCUUCGUCGUCGUUCUUGCCUACGUCGCUUUCCACUGGAACAAGGAGAACUUCGCCGUCCUCCGCAUCAAGACCGACGACGAGGUUGUCGCUGCUGCUGGUGUCGAGGGCGGUGCUGUUAUCACCAAGCGCUCCAUGUCCAUCACCGAGCAGCAGUACGUUGGCGAGCUCAAGAACUAA